AUGGUUGAGCCUGCCGUUUCCGCGGUGGUCAGGAGCAUCAGCAACCUUGCUGCUCAGGAAACUACGCUUCUCUGCGGAGUCACCCUCGAAGCCGGGUUCUUGAAAGAUGAGCUGCAGCGGCUGCAGUGCUUCCUCAGGGACGCCGACACCAAGCAGAGAUCCGGGAAUCAGAGUGCCGCUGUCUGGGUUAGCCAGAUCAGAGACGCCGCGUACGAAGCCGAGAACGUCAUCCAAGUCUUGGACUACAUGGAGAAGUGGAACAGGAUCCGGAAGGGCUUCGCCGGUGCCGUUUCAAGGUACGCUGGCUUACAAGUGACCUGA